CGCUUUUCCAAACUUUUUUAUUUGCAUGCACCAGAAUGCCGCAUGGUAAAAAUGAUGUUGCGGCAUUGGACGAGUAUCUGCAUUUAGCGGAAAUCAAGACUACCUGUGAAAAUUUAAUCAGUCAAACACAAACUGACUUGGAGCUUUUUAAGAAUGAGCAACAUCAAUUAAGAAACAAAAUCGAGGAAAUAUUGGUUGAGAAUCAAACAAUAAACACUAAACUGGACGUUCUUAAAACAAACACUAAUAAAAUAACGGAGGACUCCAGAGAUGAUGCCACGAGGGAAAGAUUUACGAACGACGCGUUAUUGAAUGUUAAAAAGCAAAUUGACUCUUUAGAAACGGAAAACCGUGAAUUGCGAUCACUAAAUGAUAUCUCACAAAAAACAAUACAAAAUCUCAAAAAUGAAAUACAAAAUUAUAGAAAUCAUUUAUGCAAAUCAAGCAACGUUACUGAGAUCAAGCAAAAAUAUUACACUACCAUGAAAUUGCUCGAAAGUACCAUCCAAACACAAGAUACCGAAAUUAAAAAACAAUCUCGAAUCAUCGAAAAACUAUUACAGCAAAAGAAACAGCUGAACGAUCACAUUGAAAACCUCGAAAAAACUUUGGAAGAAAAAGCGCGCUCUUUAAGUAAUGAAGUUACCACUGCCACAAUAGAAAAACUCAAAGCCAAACUUAAUGAAUCAACACGUCAAACGAAGGAAUUACAAAUAUCACUAAAAAUGGCAAAAAGUGCAAUUGAAGAACGCUACGAGCGGGAAAAAUGUGCCCUGCAAAAGGUGCAAGAAGCCUUGUCGAUCGCUGAAGCAGCAGUGGCAGAUAAAGAAGAUGCACAGAAGCGGGAGCAAGUUGUCAAAGAGGAAUGCGAUAAUUUGGCAUCUACCAUUGGUCAAGUGAUGGACGAAGCGGCGAAAAAGGUAGAAAAGGAUAUGGAAGACUUGCGUAGGAAAUUUUGUGAAAAAGAGCGCUUCCUAUUAGAAACCCAAAUGCAGAUGAAGGAGGAAAUCCAACAGCAGAAGAAAAUAAAUCAAAUUCUGGAGACACGCUGCAAUAGGCUCCAGCAAAAACACAAAUCCAGUAUGGAGGAGAUCGAAAUACUAACGCAACAAUUGGAGAGUGCUGUUAAAGCGUUGGAUGAAAUGGAGGUGAAAAUAAGCAACCAAGAUUGUUUACUCAAAGAACAAAAAUUAUUAAUGAGACGUGCUGAGGAAACUGAGCAAGAAAUACAACAUUAUGUUCAAACAAAUCGGAAACUGAAAGAAAAGUACCGAAAUGCACUGUCUGAUUUAAUAAACAAAAUUGAAAUUUAAAUCUAUAUCUACAAACUCAAAAUGCGAAACUUAAGGCUGAAAAUCAGGAUAUUUAAUCAUAAAAGCACCGACGAUGAUUAAUAUAAGUACCACUCACCUAACACCCCUCCCCCUCUGGACCCAACCCGUCGAAACAGCAUGUUUCCUGA